GGUCUCCCCUGAUGAUGACUGCCCCAACCCGGCAGAGCGCGACCGAGUGAGGAAGAGGAGGCCAGAGGGCAAAGGGAGGAAGAACUUCCUGUGUCAGCUGUGUGAGAAGGCCUUCAACAGUGUGGAGAAGCUGAAGGUGCAUUCUUAUUCACAUCACGGGCGAGAGGCCGUACCGCUGCACGCACACCGACUGCACCAAGGCCUUUGUCUCCAAGUACAAACUGCUACGGCACAUGGCCACACACUCACCAGAGAAGACCCAUAAGUGCAGCUACUGUGAGAAAAUGUUUCAUCGCAAAGACCACCUGAAGAACCACCUUCACACGCAUGACCCCAACAAAGAGGCCUUCAGCUGCACGGAGUGCGGAAAGAGCUACAACACCAAGCUGGGAUUCCGCAGGCACCAGGCUCUGCACGCCGCUCACCGCGGGGAUCUCACCUGUCAGGUCUGUCUGCAGCCAUAUCCUAGCACCCCACUGCUGCUGGAGCACCUGCGCGGCCACGCUGGCAAAAGUGCUGCUGGAGCCAAGGAGAAGCGGCACCAGUGCGAGCACUGCGAGCGCCGUUUCUACACGCGGAAGGAUGUACGGCGCCACCUAGUGGUGCACACAGGCCGCAAGGACUUUCUGUGCCAGUACUGCGCCCAACGCUUCGGCCGCAAGGACCACCUGACCCGCCACGUGAAGAAGAGCCAUGCCCACGAGCUGCUGCGGGUGAAGGCGGAGCCAGUGGAGCUGAUGGAACCGCACCAAUCUCCUACGUCGGGGUCCCUCGCGUUACGCUAUCCGUUAGGUCACACUUCCUAUUCUCCGCCACCCCCUCUGAGAGCUGAGCUUGAAAGCUAUCUCUUAGAGCUGCAGGCAGAGGAGACGCCCAAGCUGAAUGCUGCUGCUGCUGCCACGUCCGCUGGAGAAACUACGCCAUCUUUGGACUUCCUGUCUCCCUUGUUCAACUUCUUGCCCUAUGGUCAAGGGGCAGGGCCUGCCUUGGGGGUUUCUUACAGCCAGGAGGAGGGGCUGCCUGUGAUAACACCUUCUCAAGACCCGGCUGACCCUCUAAGCUCGCUUCAUACGCUCCCGCACCCACCCACGCUUACACAAACGCACGGGCUCACUGCUAAUUACACGCACUCACAAAGCCUGAAUACAACCACCACCCUGCCUCGCUUCCACCAGGCCUUCCAGUGACCCAAAUAUAUAUGUACACUUGUACUUAGCUACCUUAGCACUUACUCAAAAGCAUACCUACACUUUACCGUCAACUUGGCACUUAAUUCUAAAGAAAAAAACACAAGGCAACACUCGUUUCUCAAGCCAGUAACACAUUUUAAAACGUGCCUUUGAGAACAUAUCACAUACUUGUUUAUAUCUACUUCAGUCUAUAUCUGGAGGCGUUCUAGCAAUAGAGGAUGUUGAACAUCAUCUGAUAGCUGUCAUUCAAAAUGAAAUAAUCACUUUGUCAAAAAAAGCAUGUCUGCAAAGCAGAGCUCAGUUUGCAGUGAAGUUUUGCUCUCAAACGCUGAGAUCAUGUAGCUUUCAAAACCCUCCCAUUUAGCACUUUGAACUUCAAGUGAUGAAGUUCCAUCAAAGCUAAAAAAAAAUUACAGAGAUUUUUUUUGUUGUUUGUUUGUUGGCCCAUAAGCUGUUGGGUACUGAAAUGCCAGCAUUUGAGUGACAGUGUCAGAACUCUACACAGCCAAAGGCAACCAAACCCCUCAGAGCCAGAGUGAGGAAGGCUCAUCUCGUUUUGCUUUUAGUUUUUACUUUAUUUUAUUUUUAUUAUUUUUUCUUGUUGAUGUUGUUGAUGGCCAUUUGCCUUCAUGCUGCUGCUCAUUUUAAGGGCCUGAAACUAUCAGUGCAGAUCUGCUUCACAAUACAAAGCAAUAAAGGGAAACAUGGACAGACUUUAUAUUUACAAAGACUCUCAAACGUACACACCAACGUUAAGCACUCUCCUUCUCCGUCUCUUUGUCUGCCAUUUCCGUCUUUAUUUUCCUUCUCUUUGCUCUUCAGAUACCAACACAACUCUCAACCUCAUCCACCAGAAUGCUGUCCAUUGCACUGAUUCAAGUCAAAAACAAAACAAACGCAUUAAGUUUAAUCUGUGCAUACACAGAACUCUUAAGGACAAAUGCAGUUCUACAAAUAUCUCUACAGUUGCCAUUUACACAGGCUGUAGAAGCCCAUCUAUGAAUGAAACAGUCCUUUUUUAUUUCCGCAAAACUCCCAGCCAAACCCCUCUAGGAACAGAUUUUUUUUUGUGUUUGAGUGCGCGUGUGAAUUUUUGUGAGGUCAUGUUUAAGGUGACUAUAGACAAUAGAGAUUAUAGAUGGUGCGUGUUGAGUGAAUGGUUCAUGUUGAAUUUUCGUUGGGAGCUGAAGGUUGUUGGGUGCUGGAAAGCCUCCAUGUUGGGCAUAUUUUUCAUAAUAGCACUUUCUACAAAAAAUCGGAUGCCUUUGUUUUGUCCUGUUAUGUUUUUUUUGUGUUAAAACCUUUGUCAUGAACGGUUUAGAUGUCAUAUAUAUAGCUCUUUAUCAGAUUGUUAGCAUGUAUAUAUAAAAUGCUACGUGUGAUAUUUUUACAGGUACACUUCAUACAGUGUUUUAACUUUGUACAUUUCUCCUGUUAUUUUGCUUUAUUGCACAAAAUGUCUGUGUCUCUCACUGAGACUUUAACUUACAUGACAAAAAACAAAAGUUUGUUCCACCCAUACUUCUUCAAAGCACUUCCUUAUUUGUUUGUUUUUUUUUUCCUUUCCAUUAGGUUCUAAAAUGGUUUGUAUAAAUCUAUUCAUGAAUCUAAAGCAGUUUGUAAAUACUUCAGUAUUGUCGAAAGUGUAUAGAACUGGGAAGACCGGAAUGCCUCAAAACUUCAAGGUGUAAAACAGUGAUGUCAUUGAUGCUGCUGAGUGAAUGACUCUGAUUACAUGGAGAAUCUGAUCUGAAUUGCUCUGUUCCAGGGCGUUUUCACUGGGAGACACAGACCUUUAGCAAUUCAACUAUUCAGUUUCAGUGGUACCAUCAUUCUGCGUGCGCGUAUAUGUAUGUGAGGGUAACACAAUCUCUCUGUUUUGGAUAAUGCUGCUAAUGGACAAAGUAUAGCCCUUGAUGGCGCAACAGAACUUCUCUCCUCUAGUUGUUGUUGUUUUUUUUUUUUUUCUUUUCAAAUCUAAGACUGUAUGCUAAGGAGGGAGCAGGAGUGUCCGUCUGCGUUGUAUUGGGACGUGUCGGGAAGAAGGCGAAGCCUUUAUUCACAAACCUGUUUGGGAGCUGGACGUUGCCAUAGUAACGUUCACAGGGUCCGAGCGGAACUGACCUCUUAAUCUCACAACCUGUUGAAGAAGAGAAGAAAAGGAGAGAGUGUUUAGUUCAAGAGACAGCAUUCCAGCCAUAAUGGUGUUUUACAUUGUGUCCUUUUAUGUCCUUAUUGUUUUUAAUCACAUUUCUGUAAUGCCAUCCUGUGAUAGUGGCUAUUGCUAAUCAUGUAUAUGUUACUUUAAUGUACUUUUACAAACUACUGUUGUAUGUGUAUAGCCCAAGACAGAAUGAUUCAUAUAUCUCUAUAUGUGUGUGUGUGUGCGUGUGUGUGUGUGCGUGUGUGUGCGUGUGCAUGUAUUUGUAAUGAGAACUUGCUGCUGCAGCCUGCAUUUCCUUUCGUCUCCUCCAGAUGACAUCAUCCAAAGAGAAAGUUAUUUAUUGGCUGGCUGGGUGAGCCAGGUGUGUGUCGUAGAAGGUGAACGGCUGGCUGUUAGCGUGUGUGUCUGAGAGAGCGAGAGAGCAGGAGAGAGAGAGAAAGAGAUUGUGUGUCUGUGUGCAUUCAGACGACCUUUGCUGCUAUGUGAGGAGAGGAGAGAUUCGGUCCAGUGUUAAUACUGUCCACAGUACUGAGCUCAAUAAACAUACCAGAAGGACUCACUUUACUA